AUGUCUCAAAUCCAAUCUAUUCCAAAGGUCCAAACGGCUAUACGGCAGGGUGAGGGGGGCGUCCUCACCAUCCAGCGCUCCUCCCCUGUCCCCUCCAUCGAGCCCGAUCAGGUCCUGGUAAAGACGGUGGCCGUCGCCAUCAAUCCCUGCGAUCACAAGAUGCCCACCAUGUUUCCAUCUCCCGGUGCCACGGACGGCUCCGACUUCGCAGGCAUCGUCGUGGCAGUGGGACACGAAGUUACCAAAGACCUGUGUGUGGGUGACAGGGUCUGCGGUGCAGUCCAUGCAUCCAAUCCCAUCAACCACCUGUCCGGCUCCUUCGCCGACUACGUUGCUGCCUACGCGGAUUAUGUGCUCAAGGUCCCGGACACCAUGUCUUGGACAGAGGCUGCCGCCUUUGGAGGAGUCGUCUUGGGAACCCUGGGACUGGCUCUGUUCCAGUCUUUGCAGGUACCGGGUCAUCCUGAGAAUCCUUCCCCGACGCCCUUCUUUGCAUUGGUCUAUGGUGGAAGCACUGCAUCAGGCACCGCUGCAAUCCAGCUCCUGAAGCUAUCUGGCGCCAGAGUCAUCACCACCUGCUCACCGCGCAACUUCGACCUGGUCAAGUCGUACGGCGCUGAAGCGGCCUUUGACUACAACUCGCCCACGUGCGCCGAGGACAUCAAGGCUUACACGGGCAACCGUUUAAAGUAUGUGCUAGAUACCAUCACCGAGGCCAAGACCAUCAAACUGUGCUACAACAGCAUUGGGCGCACCGGAGGUCGCCUAACCGGCCUCGAGAACAUCCCCACGGAGCUGACGGACAUGAUGCGCAAGUCGGUGAAGGCGGACUGGGUCCUUGGCAUCACUUUAACAGGAAAGCGGAUAGCGCUGGGCAGCGGGUAUGAGAGCGCGCCGAGCGAGGACCGGCGUCGAUUUGGCGGAGAAUGGUUCAAGACACUGCAGAAUUUGCUCGACGCUGGUAAGCUGAGGGGCCAUCCGCCUAGAGUGAUGGACGGUGGCUUCGAAGGUAUCCUGCAGGGGGUCGACAUGUUGAAGCGGAGGGAGGUGAGUGGUGAGAAAUUGGUGUAUGUGAUUGGCUAG